UAUAUCAAAAUCCACAAUUCAUAUGGAUGGCAAGCUGUUUUAUUUUAACAACCAACAACAAAUGCUUGAGCCACCAACCUACGAUGAGUUCAAACACCAAUUAGGAGUGCAGCGCAAGUACUACAUCAGCACUUCCAGAUGUCAUAUACCCAAUGUGAAUCCCUUCACUAAGGAAGCUCUUAAACUAUUUAAACGUUCAAAUUCGACUGGUUGUACUAAGGAUGAGGCCAUCGUUAGCGUGAACUAUGAUGAUGUCAAUAGAGAAUAUUCAUUGCAUAUCAAUUAUACGGUGGCCCUGACGUUUAUCAAAAAUUCCACAGAAGAAACUAUAAUGGAUGAUUUGAGCUGUUGUUUUAGCAAAAUAGAAAGGGCAGGAACGGGUGCUUAUGCUGAUAAAAGAUUUCGAUUAUAUCCUUGCACAAAUUUCAAGCAAGGCUUCAUUGUUCCCACCCAUGUUAGUGGCAUUAUCGUCAAUUGUACCUCGAAAUCAAUGAAUGACUCACUUUUACAACAGGAUGCCUUCUCUUUUGUACAAGUCAAAAACAAAAAAUUAACACAAGCAAAACAUGUGAGGGACCAACGGAAGUUGGGUAUACUUAUGAUUGGAAUUGACUCCUUGUCGCGCAGUAAUUUUCGACGAACUAUGCCCGAGACAGCCAAAUAUUUGGAGGUCAAUGAUUGGUACGAGUUAAGGGGAUAUAAUAAGGUGGCCGAUAACACCUACCCUAAUUUGAUGCCUCUUCUGACAGGCUACACAGAAAAUACAGCAUCUAUGAAAUGUCACCCUAGCUAUAUUUCCUUGGAUAAUUGCCACUUCAUAUGGACCACAUUAAGACGAAAAGGAUUUGCCACCGCAUAUGCAGAAGACACUUCAUACAUGGCCACCUUCGAUUAUCAAAAGAGGGGAUUUCUUAGGCCGCCCACCGAUCAUUACCUGCGCCCCUUUUCAAUGGCAAUAGAAAAACAUUUAAAAAUAAUUAAAAAAGCAGGUCUCAGCUAUUGCAUUGGGCGACAUCAAGCUGGCGAAUAUAUCUAUAAUUUUGGAAUUGAAUUUGCCAAACGUUAUCAGAAUCAAUCCUAUUUUGGCUUAUUUUGGACGAACUCCUUCAGUCAUAGUUUCUUUAAUACGGCUACCACUAUGGAUACCACAAUAUUGGCUUAUUUCAAGGACAUGGAAAAGCAAGGCAUUCUAGAUACGGCAGCGGUGGUGUUUUUUAGCGAUCAUGGCCGCAGAUGGGGUCCUCUGUUGCAUUUAGAGGAGGGUUUCCUGGAGGAGCGUUUACCCAUGUUUUACAUUUCUUUGCCAAAAUGGAUCAAGGAAGAUUAUCCAGAUUUGGUAAGAAAUCUGGAAGUGAAUCAAGGACGCUUAACCACACCUUUUGACAUAUACAUGACCGUUAAGCAUUUGACUCGAUUGGCAUUGCCCAAAUUGAAAUUUCAGCAGGCCUCUGAUUGUGCCAAUGCCCAAUCGAUUCUAAAAAUUGUGCCUGAAAAUCGUACCUGUGAGGAUGCCUGCAUACCGCAAAGUUGGUGCACUUGUCUGCCCUAUAUCAAGCAAGCGAAAAAUAGUGUGCUUGUGCAGAAUGUUACACAACUCAUUUUGAAUGAAAUGAAUAAUUAUUUGCAGGUCAGGAAUCUAUCCACACUGUGCAGCGAAUUAUCUCUGAAGAAAAUUACAGAUGCUUGGUUGCGUCAGAAUGAAAGCACACCAGUAGUAUCUACCUCCACUCUGCCCACCUAUAAAAUUGAAUUUACUACAAAUCCCAAGACCAAACCUUUAACAGAAUUCAGUGCCACUGUCGAUUAUGAUGUCAAGGAGCAAAGAAUCAUUGCAAAUGUUGAAGAUAUAAGCCGACAGUCCGAAUAUGCCUCAACUGCACAAUGUGUGAAUGACAAGCAGGCAAAAAAGUAUUGCAUUUGCAGAAGUUCUUUGCUGGAAAAUUCCGAUAAAAAACCUCAAGUAGAGUAGAGUAGAGUGUGUGUGUUUGUUUGUAAGGAUCAAAUUAUGCUCUUAUUAAGUACUA